CGUUCGAGAAAAUGACAAGAAAUGUGACGAUCAGGUCCUAAUAUUACCCCGCUGCACCCGAAUUACCUAGCUACCUAUAUAUACACACGACGCUUACAGCUGCCGCUUUCUGCUUACUCGUUGACAGCGACUUGCGAGACAAGGCAAUGCGGUCGCCGGGAUAGUGAAUGCGCGCCCCUAUCCCGAUUUCUAGUCUCGUACUACCUAGGUAGCUACCAGGGCAUAAAGUACGAAUAUCCCGGGAGGAAGGAAAAGGAGUUGUCGAAAAUGAAAGCUCUUUGACUCGGGCAUCUCGGGAAGACGAGAUAGAGUGAUGUUGAACGUGGAAUUUGAUUGACGUCGAUCCGAACUCCUGAUAGCUCGGGGGAGACGGGUUGAGUAUGUAACAAAGCAAAUAGUGCUAUCAGGAAUAUGCGGGGACGGGCAGUAAUUAGUCACGAAGAUGACGUCACUACAUAUCGCAUCGUGAUCGAUUUCGGGCUGCCGUCGAUGGCGUGCUACCGGGCAUGUCUCGAACGCGACGGCAACGCAACAUCGCGACAUCUCGAUCCAUCUUAGAAAACCCCGUACUUGACUAGCACCACUCCAUUCGACCAGUACCAGUGCAAUGACUUCUGCGUUGAUCAUCGGUGCUACUAGAGGCCUAGGUGCUGCUCUCGUCAGAGAAUACGCCUCCAAGCCCUCGACGCUCGUCUACGCAACCACUCGAUCUAGAGAUGCACCCAGCGGGUUUCCGGGCGGCGUCAGAUGGCUAUCGAACAUUGAGCUGACCGACCCCAAGGUUGGUGACAAUCUCACCGGCCAGCUUAAAGGCGUAGAGCCUCUAGACGUGGUGAUCAUCAACGCCGGACGAUUCACGACGGAGGACUUCUCCGCCGAGAAGGGCCCCAACUGGGACGAGGAGGUGGCCAUGUACACGACGAGCUCGGUAGCGCCGGUGUUCAUCGUGCACAAGCUCACUCACGCCGGCCUCCUGAAGCAGGGCUCCAAGGUCGUCCUGGUGUCCAGCGAGGCAGGAAGCAUCACGCUGCGGCACGAGAACGAGGGCGGUGGCAAUUACGCGCACCACGCUAGCAAGGCCGCGCUGAACAUGGCCGGCAAGCUCCUCAGCAUCGACCUCAAGGAGCGCGGCGUCAUCGUUAGCAUCGUACACCCGGGCUUCAUGCGCACCGAUAUGACCAAGGGCGUCGGCUUCGACAAGCACUGGGACUCGGGCGGUGCCGUGACGCCAGAAGAGGCGGCCAGAAGUCUAGUGGAGUGGGCGGACAAGCUAGAUAUUAGCCAUUCCGGGGAAUAUUGGGCGCCGCGUGGCCCGCGUAAGUGUCUUUCCCGGGCGAUCUAGAUCCGCGCAUAUUGCUUCUGCUGCUGACAACAACGGGGAUUAGGGGAUAUCGGCAUGGCUGAGACGGUGCUGGGGAAGAAUCUCGGAACGCCCUUACUGCUGCCUUGGUAACUCGUAUCC